AAUUGGUAUAAAAGAGGGAGCAAAUCUUGUCCAGAGCAUCACAAGUCAAUCUUCUCUCACUACAACAACAACAACCUCAACCCACCAACUAAACCAACUCCUACCUCAUCAUGAAAUUGUUUGUCGUCUUGGCCGUCUGCGUCGCCAGUGCUUGCGCUGCCAGCUAUGGUGGAUACUCCACCCCGGAAAUCAAGGUCACGAGCUACGAAGCCCCAGCCGUGAAGACUGCUUCCUACUCGAGCUAUGCUGCCCCCGAGGUCAAGACCGCCUCCUACGGAUACGCCGCCGUCCCAGAAUUGAAGAAGGCUCCCAUCCCCAUCGUCCGAUUCAACUUGAACGACGACAACUACGGAACCUUCAACUUCGACCACCUUUCCGGAGAUGGUACCUCCGUCACCGAGGAAGGUCACCUCAAGAGCCUCCCCGGAGAUCUGGAAGGACCAGUUUCCGUCAUGAGCGGAGCCUACAGCUUCCUCGGAGACGAUGGUGUCACCUACAAGGUCACCUGGACCGCUGAUGAGAAUGGAUUCCGUGCCGUCGGUGACCACCUCCCCACCCCACCACCAGUCCCAGUCGAGCUUAUCCGAGCCCACGCCGAGGCUGCGGCUUACCCAUCCUACGAGGCCCCUUUGAUCCGAAGCAGCUAUGCCAGCUAUGAAGCCCCAAUGGUCAAGUCCUCCUACUCCGCCCCGGCCAUCCGAGUCGUCUCAUCUGGAUAUUAAACGCAAUAAUCGCCGUACACCUACUGAUAUUGAUGUCUGCUGGUCAGAUCAUCUUUUUUUCGUAAACGAUCGUGAUACUAUAAAUGUACCUUUUCUGAUUGGAUUUUAAUAGUUACACAGUGACAAAUUCUUACUAAUAAAAAAA